ACAUAUGUCGAUGGUCUGAACAGGCCUUAACGCGAGAUUUUCCCGCCAUCUGACUCGGUGUUUUGUCAUGGUGGCCCAAGUUGACCCAAAGAUCGGUCGUUGGAACCAUCGUCAGGAUAGCAACGAAGAAUAGUAGUGCAAACAUAUGCAAAGCGUAAAGGCAAAAAGUGGCACGCUAAUAAUCAGUUUGCUCUUACCAUCUGUUUCCUCUUUCCCCUUCUCCCUUUUCAACGUUGUCCGUUGGAGUUGUGAACUUUUGUCAACCAUCAUCGGAUCGUUACCCCGUCGUCACUUACAUCGAGUGGUUAUUUCUCUCGAAUAACAGCAACCUUAUUCUUUAAAAAUGUCCAUCAAAGUAAAGACCAUCGAUGGAAAGAAGGAAAUAGCAGUCAAAUUCAACAAACUCACCACAGUGGAGGAUUUAAAGCAUGAAGUUGAAAAACAGCUACAAGUUGAAAAGAAUUCACAAAGAUUAUUCUUUUCUGGAAAGCAGUUAGAAAAUGGCUAUAACCUCGAUAAUUAUAAGAUCAAUUUCAAUGAUAUCAUAUUACUUAUGAUAAAGCCAAAAAGAUUAGAUAACACCGAAAAUAAAGUAAUUUCUAACAAUGAUAAAAAUACAAAGGAGGAAGAGACGAGAAAUGAAGAAGAAUUAGAAACAGCACAGAGCUUGUAUUACAAAAUUGGAGAUGCUGUGGAUUGCAAGGACGAAAGGACCAAUGCAUGGUUUGAAGCCAUUGUAAAAAAUAUUUAUAAAAAAGAUGAUAAAAUACUUUAUGAGAUAGCAUGGGAAUUUGCUAACAUGAGUCUUGAGAAAGUAGCGGAAGCACAUAUACGACCACGAGCACAUCGUUCUAUACCAUUCAAUGAAUUAGAUGUAGAUGAAAAAGUCAUGAUUAAUUACAACAUAGAUAAACCUAAGACAACUGGUUUUUGGUAUGAUUUUACAAUAACCAAAAUAAUGGACAAAAGAGGACAACGAGAGCUGGUUGGACGAUUACAUAUUAGCAGAGACGACAGUGGUCGGCUCUGCAUUCGAAAGAAGGUCAAAGAAGAGAUAUAUGCAAUAGAAGCUCCCAAGUUAUUAACAGAAAGAACUGCAGAUGACGAAUCGUUCAUGAUUAGUAAUGGCAAAGCCAGACUCGUGCCCCCUGCUUGUGAAGAGUGCAACGAUAAUCCUAAUAUGAAAUGUCGAUCAUGCGGCUGUUACAUCUGUGCGGGCAAAGAAGAGGAGGAUACACUUCUGAUUUGUGAUGAAUGCAAUGAUAUGUUUCAUAUGAAAUGUUUGGAACCUCCACUCUUGGAAGUACCACAGGAGACUUAUUGGUAUUGCCCUGAAUGCAAAAAUGAUGAAAACGAAAUUGUUCGGGCAGGAGAUAAAUUGAAAGAAACAAAAAGAAAAUCUAUCAGCGAUGAUAAGAAAUUGGGACGAAAAUGGGGUGGGGGAAUGGCGAACGUUCGUAGACAAAAAAUCUGCUACAUGGUUCCUGAAAAUCAUUGUGGACCAAUUCCAGGUGUGGAUGUUGGUACAACUUGGAUGUUUAGAAUUCAGGUUUCGGAAGCUGGAGUCCACAGACCGCCUGUUGCUGGCAUACAUGGACGAGAAAAAGAUGGUGCAUACUCUAUUGUUUUUUCGGGCGGAUACGAGGAGGACUACGACUAUGGCGAUGAGUUUCUCUACAGCGGUUCGGGUGGUAGAGAUUUGUCAGGUAACAAGAGAAUCAGUACACAAAGUAAAGAUCAGACACUGACAAGAAUGAAUUUGGCAUUGGCUAAAAAUUGUAAUGCUCCUGUGAAUGAUAAAAUUGGAGCGGAUGCCAAGACUAAAUGGAAGGAAGGGAAACCAGUUCGAGUUGUACGUAAUUAUAAGCUAGGAAAAUUUAGUAAAUAUGCACCGAAGGAAGGAAACAGAUACGACGGUAUAUAUAAAGUGGUUAAAUACUAUCCAGACAAAAGCACUCAUGGCUUUGUUAUGUGGAAAUACGUUUUAAGAAGAGAUGACCCUUCUCCUGCACCAUGGACUCCAGAGGGAAAAGAGAAAAUCGCUUUUCUUGGUUUGAAAAUGCUGUAUCCUGACGGAUAUCUCGAAACAAUGGAGAAAUUUAGCAAGACCACCGUUAAAAAACGACCUACUAUCGAAGACAAUAGCGAAGAAGACAAUAGCGAAAAAGACAAUACUCCUAUUAAGAAGUUUAAAUCUAAAAAGAUUAAGCAAACUUUUGAUUUGGAAGAUGAACUGAAAGAUUUAAUAGAAAAUGAUAAAGUAAAUACUACAUUGUGGGAAGAGUGUAAAGCAAAGUUGAGCGAUGGAAAACCUGCCUUUUUGAGUUGCGUCUCAGAAAGAUUUAAGUGCGUUUGCUGUCUCGGAAUACUUUACAAACCUGUAACGACUCCCUGCGAGCACAAUAUUUGCCUAAAAUGCUUAAAGCGAAGCUUUUCCUCAGAAAUUUAUUUCUGUCCUACAUGCCGAUAUCCUUUGGGAGAAAAUUACGAUAUAAAGGUUAAUCAGACAUUAUCGUCUGCAUUAUUAUUAAUUUAUCCUGGUUACAAGGGAGAACAAUAAUAUUAUUGUCACAUAGUAUAUGUGAAUUACCGAUUUUAUUGUUCAUUCAGAGAGUUAAAUUAAUUUUUUUUAAUUAUAUACAAUUUUGAGAGGCACACUACUUUUCUACAUUUUGCAAUGACAAAAAUUGACAAUUCUGAUUUGGAAAUGUUUUUUAUAUAUUAAUUUAUAUUUGUAUGACUAUGUUACAUCUUUUUGCAGUGCAAAAUGAAAAAUUAUUACAAAUAGAUUUUAAAUAGAUUAAAAUAUUCUAUAAGUACUGUACAAUGUGAAUCAUUUACGAAUCAUGAGCGAAAUAAACAAUAAAUCAACCAAAUA